AUGGCAGUGCUGAUCAGCAACGUCUUGUUUUUCAUUUUACCUCCCAUCUGCAUGUGCUUGUUCCGCCAGUACGCAACGUGCUUCAACAGUGGCAUCUACUUAAUAUGGACUCUUUUAGUUGUAGUGGGAAUUGGAUCCGUCUACUUCCAUGCAACUCUGAGUUUCCUGGGUCAGAUGCUUGAUGAACUUGCAAUCCUUUGGGUUCUGAUGUGUGCUCUGGCCAUGUGGUUCCCUAGAAGGUAUCUGCCAAAGAUCUUUCGGAACGACAGGGGCAGGUUCAAGGCGGUGGUCUGCGUCCUGUCUGCAGUUACAACGUGCCUGGCGUUUGUCAAGCCCGCCAUCAACAACAUCUCUCUGAUGACGCUGGGGAUUCCUUGCACUGCGCUGCUCAUCGCAGAGCUGAAGAGGUGUGACAACGUGCGUGUAUUUAAGCUGGGCCUCUUCUCGGGCCUCUGGUGGACCCUGGCCCUCUUCUGCUGGAUCAGUGACCGAGCCUUCUGCGAGCUGCUGUCGUCCUUCCACUUCCCCUACCUGCACUGCGUGUGGCACAUCCUCAUCUGCCUGGCCGCCUACCUGGGCUGCGUGUGCUUUGCCUACUUUGAUGCCGCCUCCGAGAUCCCUGAGCAAGGCCCUGUCAUCAGGUUCUGGCCCAGCGAGAAGUGGGCCUUCAUCGGCGUCCCCUAUGUGUCCCUCCUGUGCGCCCACAAGAAAUCCUCAGUCAAGACCACGUGACGGAGGGCGGGCUUCUCUGCCUGGGUGUCCUCCGGGAUUCUUGCCAGCAAAGACCCCUGGGGGGUCUCAGAGUUGGGGGUGGGGUCUAUUUUCUUAAAAAUGCUGUUUCCUUGGGCUCUCCCUGGUGUGUGUGGACCCCGGACUCCACUGCUCCCAGAGAUGGAAGGUAGAGGGCUGAGGACUGGCUACAGCGUCACUUUCGAGGCAGUGGCUUAUGGUCUGCGUCCCUGAGCCAGUGGGGGACUCAGUGCCUCCUUCCUGUGGGUUUGUGGGCUCCAGACCCCCAGUUCUGUCUGACAGUCAGAUCCUUGCUCAGACAAUGCCCUCCACCCGUCUGAUGGAGGACACCAGGUUUCCUCAAACACCCGGGUUUUACAUGCAUUUAUGGAUCCUUUCACUUCUACCUCUGCUGAGACAUGGAGACCUGACAGGCGAGGGUAAAGCUAAGGAGAAAACCCCUCUGUGCCAAAACGACUGUCCAUUUUAAGCCAUUAUUGAAGGUGACGAAGUGUUUAAAUAUGGACACUGUUGUCCCCCACCCCAGCCCAGUAGCCUCAGACAUACAGAGGAGUCGCUGGGUCCCUCCCCAGGCCCCUCCCCACUGCCUGACCUCUAACAUCACCCAAGGGCUGUGACAACCGUGAGGGUGGGGGCCCGGGCUCAGAGGUGGGAGCAACCACGAAGUUUUGGAGACGUGUUCUCAUUGGACACGUCCUGUGAGCUGCCUGGACGUUACCUCAAGAACAUCCCCGACCUUUCUCUGGCUUUUGCUGGGGUAAUUAUUCUCCACGCUCGCACUGGGAGGGGCUUCCUGUAGAUUCUCCGAGCAUUUGGGCCGCAGUCCCCAGUGCUGGCAGUAACCAUGCAUUGGCUGGUGGGUCCUUGGCCGGUGCCGCAGGGCGAAGCUGUUGCCUCUGAGUUUUUCCCACCUAAAGUGACACUGGCUACCACUAAAUCUCUUCCCUGGGCUGGGAUGGAUGGGAGACUCCACACGCCCCUGAAGGUGUGAGGGGCGAUUCGCGGCCUCAGGGAUACUCAUUCUCUCUCAGGCGCUUCCUGCUUUGCAGCCUUCCCCUGUGAGGGCAGGGCAGGCUGUCCUUGUGCAGCCAGGAGCCUCAGAGGUGGGCAGCAGCAGUGUGGGGCCUGGCCGGGAACUGUUUCUCCGGCUGGAAUUUGCACAGGACCUAAGGCAAAACCCCAUGAAAGAACGGAAUCCGAAGUUUAAAAAUGAAUGACUAUCUUCUGUGGUUUUCAAGUUAUUUUAGCAGCAGAACCCUGUUUGCAGUAAGAAAUCUUUAUGGAACCCCAAUGUAUGACAUGGGUUUUAUUAGCUUAAAUUUACUUUGAGGUUAAACUUAUAGCAGUUCUUAAAUAUAUCAGGCAGUGAAAAUGCAAAUUAACGAUUUGGCCGUUUUCAAGAUAGAAAAAUUGGGUAUUGAAUGAGUGUACAUAUUGCUAUAUUGUAGUAUAAAAAUAUAUUCUAAAAACGAUGUUUGAAUUAAAUAUUUCAAAAACCUCUAACCCACCUCUAUGUGACCUAGGUGGUUCAUGAAACAGAAUUUGAAAACUACUAAGUCCUUUGGGUUUCAAGUCCAGAAUUUUUAAAAGGGGGAUAUCAGACUGCCCUCUCUUCUGGUUGGCUCAGCAGGCACCGAUCCCGGUUUCAUCCAUUCUGCACAAUAAAAAUGCCCCCAAGUAAGGGGUUUGGUGUGCUGUGAGCCCACCUGUCUUAGUGUGGAAGCGCAGGUCAGGAGACGCAGAGAGAGGAGGGUAGGACAUGUUUGUGCGUGUGUCUGUCUGGAGGGUUCCUUGGUGAGGGGAGCAUUGUCAGGGAUGGACCAUUUACCCCAUCAGAUGCAGGGCUGGUUCCCUGGGGAACACUACCUUCAGCUCCCAAGGCUUUGACCUUCUGGAAGUUUCUGGGUGUCUUUGGAAAUAGAGAUGAACGGUGACUGCUGGAAGGAAGGAAGGACGUGCCCUGACUCGGGCUGUUUCCAUCCCUCUAGCACAAGAAAUGAUGUGAAUAAGUUCAGAUAUCAGGAGGAAUGCUUCUGAUAGGAACACAAUGCCCUACUAGGAACUGGUUCUAAUGCAAUGAGGGCCGAGAAAGAAGUGGGGAGUGGGGUAUACUGAGGGCAAAACAUAACCCGUUUGAACAGCAGUCACUAUAGCUUGUCAGCGUGGGAUGGCAAGUCAAGAGAGUAUUUAAGUUAGGUUGAUGGUUUCAUUCAUAUUUAUAGUUACACGUUUGUAAUGCUUUGAUAGCACUACUUGCUCUUUAAAGAAAAUUGGGAUACUACAAAAAAGUCAAAGAAGUAAUCUAUUUCUAUAGCUCAAGGACAACCAUUCAUAUUUUGGUAUAUUUCCUUCUAGUCUUUUUUUUUCCUACUACAUUUGUAAGUAGAUGUCUUUUAGAGCUGAUGGUUUGUCCUGUGGUUUGAGUGGAAUGGAAGUGUGAGUUGGGUAUUUUGCACGAAGAGCAGGCUUUGAAGUGCACUCGCCUUAGCGAGACGCUGGAGCGCUCAUUACUGGAUUCUGAGCCUGACUACUGAUUCUUCCCUGCUGAUGGAGCCGCGCGUGGAAUCAUGGACUGGAUUCUACUCCUAGACAUGCUUCUGCUCUUGGACUGACGAGUAAUAGGAAAUAGUGUUAAAUAUAUGGCUCUAAGGUUUCGAUGUUUGCCGAUGUAAAGUGAGUGAAGGCCUUAUUUCAUUAAUGAAUGUGCAAUCAAGAAUCGCUCUCCCUGCUGCCAAGGAGGGAAGUGGCGAUGCCACACUUGGGAGCUAGGUCAUGGUAGUUGCUCUGCAUGGCUAUCAGAUUUCUGUUCUGGGUAGAAUUUGCCCCAAAUCAAUAUCCAGAAGGAAUGCAUUUUGCAUAUUAAAAAAAAAGUUACCAUGUUAUUAAGUGAAUGAUUCUUAUUGAAUACUGUUUGGUUGCUUAUUGAUUUUUAGGAAAAGAAAUAUUUAUCCCCUUGAUGAGCAUAUUAUCAAACAAGCACUUCAGUGAACAUAUUUAAGGUGCAUGGGAGCAGAUAUCUGAACCUAUUUGGUCACAUGCUACAUUUUGGGGGAACGCCGUCCCCCUGGAGAGCGCCUAAGCUCAAGGGUCAUCAAACACAGGCUUUGUGAAAUGCCAUCACCUAUUCUGUUUAUCGGGUUUCUCAGGUGUGUAAAGCAUCUCACCAGUCCAAGCUUAUGUGAGCCAGUGCCGUCUUGGCGGCCCCAGGACCGGAUUGGAGCCCUCCCUGGCUCUCCCUCCCUCGGGGCUGACAGGGACCCCCUGUGAGGGACAGGUGAGGGCUGAGGCCAGCCUAGCCAGAGCCCCGACCAGAGCUCCUUUUCUCCAAAUGGACGUGGGACCUUUCAUAGCCAGCUCUUGGCCCUGGGUGCUGCCAUUCUAGCUGGCCAAAGAGAAGGCUCAGGCCAGGUUGGGAUUCCCCAUGGCUUUUAUAACAUCAUUCUAUGGACUUCUUUUUCUUGAAUGGCCCCUACUAUACGGGGCUAAUUGAAUUGUAUCUCUAUAUGUUAAGCCAGAUUUAAGAGUAUUUUAUAACCACAGUUUGUAAUUAGAACAAAUAUAGUAUUUUCGGAUACAUUCCUUCUAGAGUUUAUACUUUAUGCAGAGUGUGCUAUGUAAGACGUGUGCCCACUGGCUGUGGUGGCCUGCAGCCUCCAUUGCUUUGGGAGUAGCGUUAGGCCUUUUGAAAUGGAGCUCUUGCACUUUAUGCUCUUUCUGUGAACUCUGACAGCUUUGUUGCAUAUUAAAGCCGUGAUGGCAUUUUCUGUGAAUAAA